UGGAGGGUUAACUUUAACAUUUCAUCCACUAGGGAAUAAAGUACAGUCGAGGAAAUAAGUGGCGCCUGUGUACAAGCAGAGUGGGAGAGCUCUUCAGCCAGAGCCCAUUAGCUGCCCGUUCCACCUUCGGUCUCAGCUCACUCGGGAAAUGUGAGCAGAACUCUGCGUGCACCAUAAUUCAUACAUCAAAUACAGAACAAAGAGGGACAAAAGUAGUUCGGACUUCGAAGAAGUCGAGAGCCUCCAAUCAAUAGAUGGAUUUUCUGGUCCAUCUUUAGGCUCGCUUUCAACACCAAUGCCUUUUGAAAGUGUUUUUCCUCAGUACCCAUCGUUCCUGAAAUUAUGGGUUGGAAUACAAAGUGUUUUCGAACCUUGUGCUGCAAAGGGCCGCCUUCACCUCGAACGGAAUAUGAUGUUGUUUGUGUUGGCCUUACGGGAUCUGGCAAGUCAAGUUUGCUUACACAGCUCUGUAGUGAAAGCACAGACAGCAUUAUACCUACAACAGGUUUUAGAAUUAAAGCUGUUCCAUUCCAGAAUGCAAUCCUCAAUGUGAAAGAACUAGGAGGGGCAGACAAUAUACGCAAAUAUUGGAGUCGAUACUAUCAAGGAUCUCAAGGGGUUGUAUUUGUUCUAGACAGCGCAUCAUCUGAAGAUGAUCUAGAAACGGCAAGAAAUGAGCUACAUUCGGCUCUUCAACAUCCACAGCUAUGCACUUUGCCAUUUUUAAUAUUAGCCAACCAUCAAGACAAACCGGCAGCUCGUUCUUUACAGGAGAUUAAGAAAUACUUUGAACUGGAACCACUUGCAAGAGGGCAACGAUGGAUCCUUCAGCCUUGCUCUGUAGAAAACAUGGAUGCUGUAAAAGAAGGUUUCAAUCAGUUUAUUAACUUGCUUGAAGAGAUUGAUCAAGAGCACACUCCAGGAAGAUUAUGAAAUAUGCACUGAUAGCCAUUUGAAAAAUUGGAAUGGAACCUUUCUCUGAAUCUUACACACUGUACUGUAAACUUUAUAAUACAAUAACUUUAUUGUAUGUUCAUUUUAAACGUUUUAUAUGAUCCACUUCCUGCAUAUCAUCAUUGUUAAAUCAAUUUUUAAACAGAACUAAACUAUCCCAAAUGAACUGAAAUACAAAAUUAAUUUAAGAAUGAAUCUCCAACAGUACUGGACUUGUUUACUUCAUCUUAUUUUCUACUACUACCAUUUUACUGUAGUGCAUGAUAUUUUGGUAUGUGAUCAUUUGUACUACUUUAGUGAUUGGAAAUUUGAACAUGAUCAGUGGUAAGAGUUCUGAAGAACUAAGCACUGUUAGAAUUGGUCUGCAUUGAUGGGUGAAUAUAGCACUUUGCUUCUAAUUAUGUUUGUAUAUUGUUAGCAUACACACAAUGUGAAAUGGCUGAACAGUAUGCAUUGUGAAUGUGCAUUUGUAAUUCUUCUGGAAAGAAUGGAAUGUCUUGGCAUUUUAAAAUUCUGUUCAUCUUUAUUGAUUAGUAUAUAUGCUAUGAGAUGUUAACUACUAUCAGGUCUUUGAAAUGGUGCCAGGCAGGUUCAGAAAUUCUGUAUAAAAGGGGGAAACAAACUAAUGUGAUUUGUAGAAAUAUUUUUUACAUUGCUGUGUACAUUCUGCACUGCUCUUGAGAAAGAACAGGUUUUGAUAACAAAGCAUUGUUAGGCAAAUCCAUUGACAGAUUACCAGGCAAUUGAAUUGAACUAGGGAUAUUUUUGACAAAAAAUUUGAUUUCAAAUCUUUUGUUUGUUUACUAAGGAUCAAAUAUAUUUGUUUUGUGAUAUCAUGAGGAAUAUAAAAUCCAACAUUUUAGCUAAAAAACCAACAGUUGCAAUUUUGUCUUAAUUUCAAAAUUACUUAAUAUAAUCUUCCAAGAAUUCAGCUUAAAAACAUUUGAGUAUUGAAGACACUGUGGUAGAUGUUGCUUGAGCCAUCUGUCAAAUGACCCUGUGUGUGUGUGUGUGUGUGUGUGUGUGUGUGUGUGUGUUUAAUGUAUGUGUGCACCAGCCUUGCACUUCUCAAACCUGAGACUGUCUGCAACUCAUCAGUAAGCUGAAUGAAAACACAAUCAAUCAAUACUCACCAGCAGCUGUUCCUGACAAGCCUCUGUCUGACGCCUAAUGCCUUCCAACUGUCGGCAUGAUUCCCUCCCCGUCUACUACCACCAUCCUCUGUCCAACCAUUCACAUUCUCUUUUUGCUUGUAGUUUAAGAAUUUCAGAUGGUGUUCUUAGAUUCUUCUGCUGGAAUUUGAAUUUUCAUGUCUCCUUUCCAGUGUUUAUAUGUCACAUAUAUCUUGCUGAGCAUAUUGUAAAGCUGGUCAAUUUAUCUGUGGUAUGUAUGUUCCUAUUUUAUAGUAGGCUUUCUGUAAUUCAUUGUAUUUAUAGAAACUUUGUUUUUUUUAUACACCAGUACACUGCAGCUGUUUUUUUUAAUGAGUGAAAUCAUUCAUAUUACUAAAACUUUUUACCUUUAUUAUUGACAAUAUGUAUUGCUGGUUCAACUAGCACAUAAUCUAUCUUUGUACCAAAAAUACAGCUACUAUAUUUAGCCAGUAACUAAAAAGUAUAGCCAAACAAAUGGGAGGUUAUUCUCCAAUAUCCACUGUUCAUCAAUAACAAUAAAAGUUACUGCUGAAUAGAAUUGGCUUGUUUCAGUUAAUCUCUGAGAAAUGGACUCUGUGUUUAACUUGCCAAAUCAGUAGUAAAUGUGCAACAUGAAUCAUUAGUGCUUCCAUUACAAUGUUUCUUUAUAUGUGAGGUGAUUUUCAUGGAUUAGCAGUUAUGUAAGUGGGAAAAGAGUUGCUUGAUAUUGAAAUACUUUUGUGCUUUGUUGUCCAUUGACUACUAGGCUUUUAUUUAACCAAAAGUACUUUACAAUUUUCAUAAAUGUUUGCAGAAUAAAACAUAAUGGAACAAAACACAUCAUAGAGGCAAGCCUCCUGUUUGUCUGAAUGUGCUACUUAAGGCAAUACUUAAAAGCAGAUCCUUGCCUUGGAUGUUAUCACACUAAUUUCUGAGGUUAGAGUUUAAUGGGGGGAAAAAAUAGUCCAAGAUCUAUCCAAGCUUUGCGCUCUUUCGCACAUCAUAACAACCACUUAGAGUGUGAAUUAACAGUGGCAUGCAAACAACUUGACUGCCUGCCAUCUUGGUCAUUAAAGCAUCCAAGAGGGAUCCCAGAAUGCAGUGCAAUACAAAAUUACUCCCUUAUCUCGGUGUUCCUGAUUUCAGUUGUAUCAUUGUCAGAAAACUGAGACAAAAGGAGCAAGGAAAAUGAGAAAAUCACCAAAGUAUGUGUACAGCAUAACCAGCAACACAAGCCCAACAUUGGUGGGAAUAGUUUUCAUGUCCAUCCUGUCUGCUAGAAUGGGGCUUCUGCUUGUUUUUGCCAAAAAAAAAAUGUUUGGGGUAAUAAUUAAGGAAAAAAUGCAAUAUUUAUUACUCCUGAACAUACUGUGAAUUUAGGAUAAUCUUCAUAUAUUCUGUGAAACCACCUUGUAUAAUGUAAGACAAUUGUAGAGAUCAUUACAGCUAGUAAGGCUGCAAUUUCAAAUGAAAAUGGGAAAGGUGCAAACCUUCAAUUAGCCCACGAAAGGGAAGAAUUAGUAAAUGCUUCUGUCCUAACCCUUUGAAAGAAAACUGAAAUAACUCAGUUUUAACCAUUCCUCAGAUGUUAAUUGUAAACACAUUUCCAGCAUUUUAUGUUUCACCUGAGAGCAUAUAGUUCAAGAACAAAUAAUGGCAAAAUGCAUUUAAAAGUAAUGAACGUUUUGGAUGAUCUGACAACCUCAGCUACUAUGGUGGAUUUUGUGUCUUUUGAAAAUAAAAGCUAUUCUGUUGUGCUGAAUGUUAGCAGCUGCCUAUGUUUAAAAAUCAAAGAACUGCAGAUGCUGCAAUUCAGAAAGAAAACCAGAAAAUGGUCAAAGCAAUCAGCAGGUUAGCAGCAUGUGUGGAAAGAGAAGCAGUUAAAGUUUCAAAUCCCAGAUCAUUAUCAGAGCUGGGAAAGAGGAACAAGAUAAUUCAGGUAGCAGAGAAGAUAGGGGAGGUGAUGAUGGAACAAAGGCAAUUUCUCUGAUAGGGUGAGACAGGUGACCCAAUGUAGGAGUUAAGGGCAGUUGGGAUAAGAUUAAGCUGCUUUCUCUGUGUAACUUGGUGCUAAUGUAUGUUCUGUAUAGUCUGGCCGACUGGGACAUAUCCAACAGGCCAGACUAUCCAAACAAAAAGGAUAGCUGGCAAAAAGGCCAGUUCUCAUACAAGCGCAGAGAGAAAGUUAUCUAAAGCUGGAGAAUUCGAUAUAGAGUCCUGCAGGCUGCCAUGUGCCCAGGUGGAAAAUGAGGUGCUGUUUCUCAGGCUUGCGCUGAACCUUAAUAGUACAGAAGGCCACAGGUGGAGAGUCUGGGGUAAGUGUGGAAUGCUGAAUUAAGGUUGCAGGCAACUGGGAGCACAGGGUCCCUCCUGCAGAUUGAGCGUAGGUGCUCUGCAAAGUGACCACCCAAUCUGCAUUUGGUUUCUCCAAAGUAGAGGAGGCCAAUGUAGUACACAAGACUGGAAGAAGUGCAAGUGAAUCACUGUUUCAAACGAAAGAUUUUUUGACCAUGGACUUCAGGUUGCCUGCCACUUUAGCUGCCCCCUUAGCUGCUACACUAUGUCAUCCUGUUUCACACUAUCAGAUACAUUCCCUUUGUACCACCCAUCUCCUUCUUCCACCUUCUCUACUGCCCAAACUAACUUGCUCCUCUCUGUUCUGAUGGGGGUGCCAGACCUAAAACAUCAACUGUUUCUCUGACCACAGAUUGUGCUUAACCUGCUGAGUUUUUUCAGCAUUUACUGUUUUUAUUUCAGAAUUUUAAUAUCAAUUAUUUUUUAAUUUUCCAUUCUCUGUGAAUAUUUCAGUUUAACGUUUCAAGUCAAGGACCCUUUGUCAGAAUUGGGAAAGAAACAUAUUAGUUUUAAGUUGCCAAGAGGAUGGGAAAGGGAUCACCUAUUAUGUUUGACCAGUUGUGUCUUUGCUGCUGAACAGCUUGUUUUGCAUAGCUGAUGCUAUUGCCUUUUGAGGUGUGAAUGAAAGAAGUAAAUAUCCUUAUACUAAAAGAGUCUUGAAUCAGAGUAUUGACUUGAUAGUAUUAGAAAUAUAGUGGAUUAUUAAUGCUCAUCAAAGUGACAUUGUUGAUAAUUUGUAAUUAUACCUUUUAUACAUCUUCAUUAGUGAAAUAUCCAGUUUCCAAUGCCACUGUAGGAAUAUUGU